UUGACUAUACAGCCUGAUCAGCCAAGGCAAAAUGGGUUUCGGCAGAUCUUCUCCCUAAGUGACCUCUGGAGAGUUUACAAUGAGUGGAGUUGCUUUGGCGCUGGCGUCCCUAUUCUCUUGAACAGCGGCGAUAGUGUCUUGCAAUACUAUUCUCCAUCCUUAUCAGCUCUCCAAAUAUAUACUAGGAAACCCAAUGAUCAAUCCAGGUUGGGGAUCGGCUGCACAGCUAAACCAGAGAGUGACUGUUGGAGUGACGAUAGUGACAGCGAUAAGAAAUCUGUUUCUUUUAGCAAUACUACUGCCAGCACAUAUGCUACUUCAGAUGAUUCUGUUUCUACCAGUGACCAUGAGAUUGAGGCCGAUUGCCUUCACCACCUGUAUUGCCACUACAACGAAACAUCUAGUCCUCAUGAUAGAGUUCCUUUGACCCUCAAGAUCAAUGAAUUAGCUCAAAUUUAUCCUGGUUUGAUGAAGUUUCAAAGCUUGGAGCUCUCUCCUUAUAGCUGGAUGGCUGUUGCUUGGUAUCCUAUCUAUCAAAUUCCAGUUACAAGGAAUGUGAAGGAAUUAUCUGCAUGUUUCAUCACUUAUCACACAUUAUCAUCUUUUCAAGGCCUCCAUAGUACCAUAUCAGAGAAUAAUGAUAAGUUUCAAUGCAUUGAUACAUUGGGAAAGGAUCAUGGAGGCAAGACGCUAGAAAGAGAUGAAAGCAAAGGUGAAAUGGCUCUUCCUCCUUUUGCAGCGGCCACCUAUAAGAUGCAUGGCGAACUUUGGACAACUCCUGAGACUUCGGAUAAGGAAAAGAUUGGCUUUUAUCUGAACGCUGCAAAUUCCUGGUUGCAUCGCAAAUUCCAGCAUCAUGACUUUAAUUUCUUCAUAUCUCGUAGGUUCGUAGUAGUAACCGAGUGGUGAGGUGGAUUGGUGUUGUGUGUCAACCUAUUAUCCGUGUUUGCAUAUACAAAUCCAAAGAUGCAGGCCGUCAAACCCUAUAUUCGUCCGACUGCGCAAUAGUCUACUACCACGUAUGUAGUGGUUACUCUGUUUGUCACUUUGCUUACAAAACAAUGGGCAUUUUUUUUUUUUGGGGCAAAGAAAACAAUGGGCAUUUUGGGUGUAGAACUUUGGUUUCCUUGAAUGUGAUAGGUGAGACAAGU